AUGAUAAAUUAUCUUUUACAUUUCAUUACGAAUCCAGCCUUAAAUGAAGAUAACAUAUACAUGGUGAUUUACGAAGAUAGUCAUGAUGAAAAUAAAGACAAGGUUUUGAAUAUAUUCGAUCAUCAUACGAAACAAAAACCAAUUAUUAAUUCAAAUAAUAAAAAAGAUCUUCAACCAAAGGAAUGUACAUACAAUACUUAUAUAAUCAAAGAAUCAAAAAACAGUUUUCAUAAAAAAAUUGUAGCUAUUCUUUUUGGAAUCAUAAUUGGUUUUAUUUUUAUGAAAAUAUUUUCUAUUUUUAAAUAA